AUGGGCAUCCCCUACUCCAAGCAGAUCAACGGCGCCUUCACCCAGGUGACCCCCCUCGUCGCCGCCGGCUUCGAGGUCCUCCAGACCACCAAAAACAUUUCCAUCCUCCUCGCUUCCAUCCAGGUCCUCACCUGCGUCUUCCUCGGCCUCAUCCUGCUCGCACUUCUGGGGAUCAUCUGCACCCUCAGUCCGCACCUCGAGACCGAGACACAGACCCUCGUCAUCCCCGUUGUGCGGUGGCUCGCGAGCUGGCUGUUGGUGUACGGAACCGCGGUCGGAUGGACUCUGCGGGUCGCCGUGGUUGCUACGACGGCUGGGCUGGGGGUCUUCUUUUGGCAGGGGAGUCUGGCGGGGAACAGUGUGCCGGGCACGCCAGCGACUGGAGAGGUGGAGGGUGAGGGUCCAGGUUAGAGUACGUCGACGUAAGAGAGAGAGGGAGAGGGAGAAGGAGAGAGAGUAAGAGAAACAAUUUUGGUCAUGUCUCGCACAGGAAGGAUAGUUGAGUGGGUGGAAAGCAUAGCUACUGUACAUAUCGUCUGCCGGAUUAGGCUAAGAUGAUGCUUUUUUUGUUUACUGAGGAACUUUUUCCUUUCUUUCACCCUUUUCUUUUUCUUUUCACAUAAUACCCUACUUCAAAUA